CAUCAGGCUGGCACAACAUAAAUCGCAAAGCUUCUGCAAACUCCGGAGGUAGGACCGCCAACUAUCUGUCGCGUCUGAAAUUUUCUCGCCGUAAAAAGGACUGUUCACAUAAAUUCCAUCUGUUGCUUCGUAUUUUCCAAUAUGUCAGGCUCCGUCGCAAAGAAGCAAGAUCAACAACUGGAUAGGCAUGUCGGCCAGUCGCAACGCAUGAGGCAGGUUGACGAAAGAGAGGUAGAAGCAAAGGGAUCAGCAAGUGCCGGUCUGAACCUCAACCUCGCAGCAGUGGUCUCUGGUCUCUUCACCGGCAAGAAGAAGACAACGACAGAGACCGACCCUGACGGGUCAUCGCACUCGGUCGAGCACUCUAAAGGCCGAGGCUACGUUGACGGCAGUGGCGUAAUGAAUAUCAAUGCCAUUGGCUCCGCCGAUAGCACAGUCACCGAAAGACAAAGGAGAACGAUCGAGGGGUCUCAGGAGCAAAUUGAUCACCUUGGGCUAAACAGACACCAAGCCAUAGAGGCGGCUCAGAAAUGAGGUUGUCGCGGGCCUAUGGUGUGUGAACGCAGGCCGAUCUUUUGUCAAAGGCUUACCACCUGGUGAAAAGCGAGGUUCGCGCACCUUGUGGAUGUACCAGGAAUCGCGUAUGUUGUCUGACCAAAUUAGAAACGUAAUGAACGCAGAUUGUCACUGCGAACGUCUAGAAUGCGCUCUGACGGGCUAUAACCAUUCGCGCAUCGUUAAUUGACGGCGUCUGGGCAAUGAAGAUUUUGUACAUCACGCUGGAAACACCCGCUCCCAGAGCAACGCGAUUUGAGAUGUCGGGAGGUAUUUGUGCUAAGCCAAAACCACUGCCAUUUCUACUAGUCCCUGAAGUUCCGUAAUCUAAGUCCUGAAAACAGAC